AUGUCAAUGUAUAAUAUUACUUAUGGUGGUAAACACGCGAAACGUGAGCCUCGUCUAAGACAAAGUGUUGCCGCGUUUAGUAACCAAUAUUUUAAUCGUACUACCAUUAAAUCGUUUGGUAGUGUAUAUGCAAAAAAAUUUCAUUUGAAUGUUGGAAAGAUCUACGGUAUAAACAAUGCAAGUAUUGAGGGUGAUGAAGCCACCCUUCAUACGGAAUAUAUGACAGCGAUGGGUAGUGGGAUACCAACGGACUUUAUUUCUAUAAGUAUAACACUCGAUGCGACAUCGGCCUAUAUGACAAGUGUUGGUGGAAUAUUAUUGAUUCGGAGUAUUACAAAUACAAAUUGUACUUAUGUUAGACAAGAACCAAGGGUACGUUUGCAGGAAGUCGUUGCUUCUCCGACUGACAAAACUUUAUGUUCAAUUACAAGCGGCGGUGGUUUUAGUGCAUAUGUUCUACAGCCUGAUUAUCAGAAAGCUUUUGUUGACCACUAUCUGCAAAUCAGUAGAAAAAAGAUACCCCCAUCAAUAUUUUUCAACAGCAGUGGACGAGCCGUUCCAGAUAUCAGUUUUGCAGCCGUAAAUUUUGUCACGACAGUGAAUGGUCAGACUUUUGCUGCAGAUGGUAAGUAGCCUUUGUCAACGAGACGUUUCAAAAUACAAGCCGGUCUGACUGCUGCAAUGCAAGUGUCCAUUCUUUCUGUACACAAAAAUUAAAGUUGUUUUGUAUUUUGUAACUUCGGUUCUUUUGAUUGUAUCAGGCAUUCGGAUGUGCAUAUAUUUAUUGAUAUUCUUUUAGAAAAAUGAAUUUCAUCUUUCUUGAAAAGCGAUCUACCUUAUAUAUCGUGAAAUGGAAUGAAGGGUACUGCUUUUGUCUGACUCAUUAAAGUAACAUCGCAAGUUUGUCAUUUUAUUUGUUCAGUUGCUUAGUUUAUAAAAUUUACUUUUUGAAUCGCCUCUGCACAGCUGAGGAAGACAAAGCCUUGGCGGAACGUAUCGUUCAUUUAGAAUGUACAGCUUCAUGGAUGGAACAUCCAUUAUUUUCUGAAGAAACGUUAUUCACAUGCUGAGAACCAACUAAAUUCCAGCAUAUUUUAAAAGUUCGAUUAUGAUAUAUUUGUAAUCAGC